CCUGGUGGCAGCCGGAGGUAAACAGCCACGUGCAGUCCCGCACUCUAUAUUUAACAGCUGCCGCAGAGCAGGAGGGGAGGCCGGGAGCAGCGGCGGCUCCAGGCUUCCGUCUUUGGAGAGAAGGGCCUCACAGCCAGGCUGGCACCGGCCCUCGCUGGGUGACUGUCACCAUGCCUGCCUCCCAGAGCCGGGCCCGGGCCCGGGACCGCAACAACGUCCUCAACCGGGCCGAGUUCCUGUCCCUGAACCAGCCCCCCAAGGGGGCGCCGGAGCCCCGCGGCUCGGGCAGGAAGGCCCCGGGCCCCUCAACACAGCCCUCGUGCCCUGGCGAGGGGGCCCGCGAGCGGCGCCAGUCUCAGCAGCUGCCCGAGGAGGACUGCAUGCAGCUGAACCCCUCCUUCAAGGGCAUCGCCUUCAACUCCCUGCUGGCCAUCGACAUCUGCAUGUCCAAGCGCCUGGGGGUGUGCGCCGGCCGGGCUGCGUCCUGGGCCAGCGCCCGCUCCAUGGUCAGUCUCAUUGGCGUCACGGGCCACGGCGUCCCCUGGAUCGGGGGUACCAUCCUCUGCCUGGUGAAGAGCAGCACGCUGGCCGGCCAGGAGGUGCUCAUGAACCUACUUCUGGCCCUGCUCCUGGACAUCAUGAUGGUGGCCGGCGUGCAGAAGCUCAUCAAGAGGCGCGGCCCGUUCGAGACGAGCCCCAGCCUCCUGGACUACCUCACCAUGGAUAUCUACGCCUUCCCCGCCGGACACGCCAGCCGCGCGGCCAUGGUAUCCAAGUUCUUCCUCAGCCACCUGGUGCUGGCGGUGCCCCUGCGCGUCUUACUGGUGCUCUGGGCCCUCGGUGUGGGCCUGUCUCAGGUCAUGAUCGGCCGCCAUCACAUCACCGAUGUCCUCUCCGGCUUCGUCAUCGGCUACUUCCAGUUCCGCCUGGUCGAGCUGGUCUGGAUGUCCUCCAACACCUGCCAGACGCUCAUCUCCGCCUGGUGAGCCGUUCCUCGGCGGCUCCGGGGCCGGGGGUGGCCCAAGGGGCAGCAGGAAGACACAGGGCUGGCAGGGGAGGGGGCACCAGGCAGCCCCAGCCCAUCUCCCCAGUCUCGGUUGGAGGCUGGUGACCUCAGGGGGGCCCACCAGUGACUGGCACGUCCCUCCCAUCAUGCUGGGUGCCUCCUGCUCCUUCAGUCAGACCCCGAGUCCCUCUGUAGACGGGCUGGGGCCCGGCCGCGGGGAUAGCACUGCUCCACUUCUGCUUUGGAGGUGCCAGGUGAGAGCCAGGAUGGCGGGAGAGGGGCCGAGUCUCAUCUUGUCCUCUCACCAUCACGGCUCUUGAGUUCCUGGCCGUGCCCACCUGACUGCAGCACACC